AGAAGAAGAAGAAGAAGAAAAAGGAUGCAAUGUCUGAACACAUCCCGGGUAUCAACAGUUCAUUUACCAUUUGUUAAAGCAUCAAAUUCAAAGGCCAAUUCAUCAAUUUUACAAACCCGAACUCGUACUCAAAGGAGCUCAGAUGCUUAUGCUGUUGAUGAUGGCUAUGGUGAUGGGGCUGAAAAUUCAGUGGUGACACUUCCUUUACCCUCUCAUGUGAAAUCCAUUACAAGCACGUCAAACCCAUUUGUCAAGCACUGCCUCAAACUUCGAAGUUGCUCUUCUUAUCGCCAUAAUCAUGGUUCAGUUCUUGUUGUUGGCACUACCCCAAUAAGAUUAAAUAAAGAAGUUUGUGUAGGUUAUUAGCACUUCUCUUUCACACUUCUGUGAAGCAAUCCCACUAUGGAAAUAUACAGGUUUCAAGAGCAAAUGCAAGAGAGACCUACAACAAUAGAAUGCCUACUUCUUCUUGAUAAAGCUGAAAUUCCAGCAGAGCUAGAAGGUUACCCUAUUCGUGUUGUUCAUGUUAGCUCAGUGGUGCUGAAGAAACUUUCUGGGCUGCAAUCAGCUGAAUCUAUUGAAGCCAUGGCCUUAAUGAGAAUUCCGUCAACUUUCCAAAUAUUAGAUGGCAACCAGCAAGAGGGAGAUUGCCAUAGAUGGUUCCCAUCGCUUCAUCGUAUUCUUGUUCUUGACGGGAUCCAGGACCCUGGUAAUCUUGGUACAUUACUUAGAUCGGCAAUGGCUUUUAGAUGGGAUGGUGUCUUUCUGCUUCCUGGCUGUUGUGAUCCAUUUAACGAGAAAGCAAUUCGUGCUAGCCGUGCAGCCUCCUUUCAGCUCCCUGUAGUUUCUGGCACUUGGAUUCAUCUAGAAGCUCUCAGAAAAAAAUUCCGAAUGAAGAUUUUGGCUGGCCACCCUGCAAGUGAUGAAAAAUUGAAACCAGUGUCUUCGAUUUCUCAGGACCUUGCAAAUUCCUUAGCAGAUACGCCUUUGUUCAUGGUUUUGGGCAGUGAAGGAAGUGGCCUUUCCGAGCAAACCAGGAAGUUUUCUGAGCUUGUAAGAAUUCCAAUGACAGGGAAAUUUGAGUCCCUCAAUGUUUCAGUUGCAGGUGGGAUUUUCUUGUAUAUGCUACAGCCUGAAAACCACAGAUUUUCUUGAUUCUUUCCUAUAUGCACUUCUGAGUUUAUUCUUUUGCUGACAAGGGAAGAACACAUGGGUCACAGAGACAC